AUGUCUUCCACUUCCCACUCAACCCUCCUGCGAAACGGGACCAUUCUCUUCCAUGAAGGCCAGAAUGUCCGAUGGCUCAAAGACCACGACUUGCUUAUCGAAGGGGACAAAAUCAGCGAAAUCGGACAGAACUUGGUCGCCCCGUCCGGCUGCAAACAGAUCGAUUGUGCAGCCAAAAUCAUCUCCCCGGGGUUUAUUGAUGCCCACCAUCACUUGUGGCAGAGUCAGCUUAAGGGCCGCCAUGGCGACCAGGGCUUCAUGGAAUAUAUGGCGUCCGGGAAUCUCCAAUCAUACAACUACCGGCCAGAAGACAUCUUCUGGGGCCAGCUGAGUGGCUGUCUCCAAAGUAUUGAUGCUGGCGUCACCACCGUCGUCGAUCACGCGCACAUGACAUAUUCCCCUGAGCAUGCCAAACAAGGAAUCAAAGCAUCAGUAUCUUCGGGAAUCCGAUCAGUCUUCUGCUACACACCGAUCCACCGCAUCCGAGAGUGGUCGUCAACUGUAGAGUUCGACCACGAGUUCCUCCCCGAGUGGUGGCAUCAAACGCUUGAAUCCCUGGCAGCAGUUGCACCGUUCGGUGAUGGGCGGGUGAGUCUCGGUCUCGCGGUAGACUUUAAUAUCCCUCACGACACCGUGAUUGCUUUAUGGCAAAAGGCCCAGGCCCUGGGCAUAAAGCUCCUCACUACGCACUAUGUUGCAGGGCUUAUGCCGAACGCCAUCCAACUCCUAUCCUCAGCCAGCCAGCUAACCUCACGGGUACUAAUCUCCCACGGAAAUGGGAUCUCCGAACCAGACGCCCUCACCCUGAAAUCCCAGGACGCCUUUAUCUGCAGCACACCCGAAACAGAAAUGCAAAUGGGCCUUGGCGACCCCGUUGCCUUCCGCCCGGAUCUAAAAUCACACACCUGCAUCGGGGUCGACUGCCACUCGAACAACUCCUCGGACAUCCUCACCCAGAUCCGACUGGGGCUGCAGCAUACCCGUGCCGUUCGCAAUACACAGGCCCUGCAGAACAGCCAGUAUCCCAGUAUUGAUGUCCAUCUUCAAGAGGCGUUUAAUCUGGGCACGAUCCAGGGCGCUCGGGCUAUUAAUAUGGAAGCGCAGAUUGGGAGUCUGGCGGUGGGGAAGAAGGCGGAUAUUGUUGUUUUUGAUACAUCGUCGCCGGGUAUGGUUUGUACUGUGGAAGAGAAUCCGUUGGCGGCGGUUUUGUUGUAUGCGAGUGUGCGUGAUAUUGAUAUGGUUAUUGUUGAUGGGUGUAUUCGUAAGGAGAGGGGCGUUUUAAGGCCAGUGGAGAUUCGGGAUGGAUCAGACGCCGAUGAUACGUCUAUCCUUGGCUGGAAGGAUAUUUCUAGACAGCUGUUAGAGAGUCGUAAGAGAGUUCUGGAGAGAGCAGUCGGACAGGAUAUCAGUGCUGGGAUUGCAGCCCUCCGGGGGGCAUAA